CCUCUCGGCGCUCUCCUCCUCCUAGCGCAGAGGGAUAGGAGCCUGCCAGGCUGGCAAAUCGAGCGCCGAACGCAGCUGAUGCAACCCAAAGGAAAGGCGUUCAGCCACAGUUUAUGUGAAGCCCUUCCUCCAUCUUAACUCAUAGCCUUGGAACAGACAGCUUCAGGAAGCGACAGCGGACUCUCCUUCCUUAGAAUAUAGACUCAUCUACAAGUCAAAAGUCUAUGCCCAAAAAUUGACCCCAAAAACCUGGGUCCACUUAUCCACAGUUCUAGUUUGUAAGGGAUUGUUGGUGAGCGAGCGGCUGGUGGUGCAAUGGGGCACGAACUGACAGCAGAGGAGAAGUAUCACUUGAUCACCCGCAACCUGCAGGAAGUUCUUGGUGAGGAUAAGUUGAUGGCCAUCCUGAAGGAGCGUGAGCUGAAGAUCUACUGGGGGACAGCCACAACGGGCAAGCCUCACAUAGCCUACUUUGUGCCCAUGUCCAAAAUAGCGGAUUUCCUCAAGGCUGGCUGUGAGGUGACGAUCCUGUUCGCUGACCUCCAUGCUUACCUGGACAAUAUGAAGGCCCCCUGGGAGCUGCUGGAGCUGCGCACUCAAUAUUACGAAAAUGUCAUCAAGGCAAUGCUUGAGAGCAUUGGGGUGCCACUGGAGAAGCUCAGGUUCAUCCGUGGGACGGACUACCAGCUCAGCAAGGAAUACACACUGGAUGUGUACCGGCUGUCCUCCGUCGUCACCCAGCAUGAUGCCAAGAAAGCUGGUGCUGAAGUGGUCAAGCAAGUAGAGCACCCCUUGCUCAGCGGCCUUCUCUAUCCAGGACUUCAGGCCUUGGAUGAGGAGUACCUGAAGGUUGAUGCCCAGUUUGGAGGAGUAGACCAGAGAAAGAUUUUCACUUUUGCAGAAAAGUACCUUCCCUCACUGGGCUACACCAAGCGCAUCCAUCUCAUGAACCCAAUGGUUCCAGGAUUGACAGGGAGCAAGAUGAGUUCCUCAGAAGAGGAGUCCAAGAUUGAUCUCCUGGAUCGUAAGGAGGAUGUGAAGAAGAAGCUCAAGAAGGCCUUUUGUGAACCAGGCAAUGUAGAGAACAAUGGAGUCUUAUCCUUCAUCAAGCACGUACUCUUCCCACUCAGAUCAGAGUUCGUGAUCCUUAGAGAUGAGAAAUGGGGAGGAAAUAAGACCUACACAAAUUAUGGAGACCUGGAGAAGGACUUUGCUGACCAGGUUGUCCAUCCCGGGGACUUGAAGAACUCCGUGGAGGUGGCUUUGAACAAACUUCUGGAGCCCAUCAGAGAGAGGUUCAGCAGUUCGCAGAUGAAGAAGCUUGCCAGUUGCGCAUAUCCAGACCCAUCCAAAGCAAAGGCUGCAACAAAGGGCCCUACAAAGAAUUCAGAUCCUGAAGAAGUGGUACCAUCACGGGUGGAUUUACGAGUGGGCAGGGUGCUCAGUGUGGAAAAGCAUCCGGAUGCCGACACACUAUAUGUGGAGAAAAUUGAUGUUGGGGAGGCUGCGCCACGGACGGUGGUCAGCGGGCUGGUCCAGUUUGUGCCCCAAGAGGAACUGCAGGACAGGCUGGUGGUCGUGGUUUGCAACAUGAAGCCCCAGAAGAUGCGGGGGGUUGAGUCCCAGGCCAUGCUGCUCUGCGCUGCCAGCUCUGGGGAGCCCUGUCAGAUAGAGCCCUUGGACCCACCGGCGGGCUCCUGCCCCGGAGAGCGCGUAUUCGUGGAAGGCUACGAGAGCGGUCAACCCGACGAGGAACUGAAACCCAAGAAGAAGGUGUUUGAGAAGUUGCAGGCUGACUUCCUGAUUUCUGACGACCUUGUGGCCCAGUGGAAGGGGAAGAACUUCAUGACCAAACUGGGGAAUCUCACGUGCAAAACCCUAAAAGGCGGCGGCAUCCGCUAAACCCGCCCUCGGCGUCCAUCUCCUCCGCGCCUCUUCCUGCCCAGUGACCAUCCCUGCUACUUCAUUGCUCAAGCAGUCCAGCAGCACCAGGCCCAUGAAGAAACAAAAUGAAAGGACUUUACUUCCAGUCUCUGGAGGUAAGGGCACUUAGAAGCGUGAGAGGCCAGGGCUUGAAGCCCUGUCUCUGAAAUAAAGACAUGUUUACUUAUAUAUGAGAGGAAAAAACCAAUUGCUGCUAGUGGAUCAUAAGGAGGAUGUGAAGGUGGUGGAAAUCUCUCCUCUUUAAACCUGAGAAGAGGAAACCAUGCCAAAACCAAACUAUCCUCUCAAGCACAGGUAGGAAUGAGGCAGCUUCCCAGAUGUUGCUGGACUGCAAGGCUCAUCAUUCCCUUCACCAUUGGCAAUGAUGCCUAGGUCCAGUGGAAAGUGCAGCCCCAGAACAUUUGGACAACUGUAUGAUUUCCAACCCAGCUUUUACGGUUGAGUGUGCACCUCCCCUCUGGUAUGUUUGUGGCCAUGUUACACAAGAAGGCUCCAUCCAUUUAACCACCUCCGCCAAGUUCAGACCCAGGCUGACGAAGCAUGCAGGAGAAAGGAUCUCCAUCAGAUUAGCAAAGGUUACACUUUGUCUGUCAUAGACACUGGAUUCUAAAUCUGUCAUCCAUCCCCCAAAUAAAAUGGUCACUUGGUGGCUUCUGAUUCUACAGGGA